AUGAAUCACUACGAGCCCAACACUUCCCUUAACCUGAGCUUAUCGAGCUCGGCGUCGCCGCCGUCGAGCCCGGUGCGGGUGUUCUCGUGCAACUACUGCAGGAGGAAGUUCUACAGCUCGCAGGCUCUGGGAGGCCACCAAAAUGCCCACAAAUUGGAGCGAACCCUAGCCAAGAAGACCCGGGAGUUUGCCCACGGUCCGACCACCUCAUCAAACCCGGUUCGGCUCAGCCAGAGGGAUGUGAUUGGUUAUGGGUAUAGGGCGUAUGUUAGCGAGAAUCAGGGUGAGAUUAGCCACCUCGAUUUGUCUUUGAAGCUUUGA